AUGGUGCGGCGGCGGCGGCGGCGGAUCUGCGGCGCUCUCCCCGGACGGACGGAGCUGCGCCGGCGGGGCGCGCGGGCGGCGCUGGCCUGGGAUUGGCGAGGCGGAGCUUCCAGGGCGGGGACCCACGAAGACCCCCAGCGGCGGCUCCGGCGGCUGCGGCGGAUGCCCUGCGCGCUUCCUUUCUUGAAGGCCCUGAAGGUUGUGGAAGGCGGCGGGGCUCCGUUGCCAGCUCUGCUGACUCUCCUUCUCUUGGUAGGAUUCCCGGCCACUGGACGGCUGCAUCCAGAACAUCCUCUCUGGGCUUUACCCUCCCUCUGGAAUCACAUCAGCCAGGUCUUUGAUGUGGUGGAGAAGCUCUGCGGCAGGGAUGGCCUCUGCUACCUCACCGACCUGAUUCCUGCCAAGCACAUCUUGUGGUGGGUCCAGCGGGAAGCCUUUUGCUCUUCCAGCAUGAGGCUGGCCCUUUUGGUUCAUGAGAAGAUCGUCAUCCAGCUGGCUUCUCUCGACUGGUGGAUCUUGAGACCAGAGAAUUUUUACCUGCAAGUGGUUCUGUACUUGAGAAAGUCUCCAUGGAUCAUAGCGAAAUCCUUGGCCAAGGAGAAACAUAGCGUGGAGGAGUUUGUGGCAUCUGCUGCCUUGUGUGUCUCUCUCUUCACUGUGGAAUGGCUGAGCUCAGUCAGCAGGAAAUGGUUGAGAACCACACUGGAAAACUGCUUCUUAGCCACAGAGGGAUCUUCUGCUCAGCCCAGCACUUUCUGUUGCCUGGAAGUCAAGGACAGCCAGCAGCACAGUCAGAACAAUAGGCCUCGCUGGGGAAAUUGUGCUGGUUCAGCUGUUGCAUCGGUGCCAUCUGGGCAGCUGAGGACUUCUGACAUGCCAACUGUUGCAUGUUCUGAAAAUAAUGAAACAGAGUGUGAUAAAUUGUUCCCGAAACAUCCUGGCAACCCAGAGGAUCAUCCAGCUUCUUUGAGUCCCACUGUUUCCUCUAUUAAGGAACCACAGUUUGCCAAGGUGUUAUUGACACAUCCAGGACGGGAGCUUGAUUGGAGGCCUGCCACGUGCAGUUACAAGGAUGGAGAGGAGGCUGAAGGUCAGGCUCCUGGGGCAGGCUCUUCCACCGUGGCAGGAGGCUGCUUGGGGUCCCCCAAGCCUUCUGCAUCCUACCCUGAUGCAGGUGACGUCGUCCUGACAGAGAUCAGGAACUGCGAGCGGGAUUCUGACAGCUUUACAGAAAGGCUGGAGAGAAAGGCAACUUCUCCAACCAUAAUCAAAUCAUCACAGCUGAGAACCUUUUCAAGGAGGAGAGUAGCUGAUCACCAAUCCUCACAGAAACACUUGGUGGAAGUUAAAGGCCAAUCUUCUGAAUGGUUGAAACAACUGCAUCUUCUAGAGCACACGGAAGGGACACUAGUGGACCCAUUAAUGGAGUUGGGCAAUAGAAUAAGCAUGGAAGGACAUCACCAGUCGCACACUAAGCAAAGCCCCCCGAAGAAUGAGUGGCAACUUAAUUCUGGAGACCCUUUAAUCCCCAAAAGCUCCCUUUCCCAGGAGGCAGGGCAAGAAAAUGUGGAUAGUUGUCAACAGCGAGCGGGAGACAAUCUUCUGCUUCCCAGUUCUGAGGCUGAGCCAAGGAAGAGCAUGAAAACAAAGCCGAAGGAAAAUGGCCCCAGGCCUCUAGCAGAAGAAGCCGCUGGGCAGGCAGAGGCCCCCCACAGCAGCCUCCACCAAGGCGGUGCUGCAGCACCUUCUGUGGAUCAGCCCGAUCUCUCGCCACAUGCUUUGCAGAUAGGUGUUUCCAAGAAGGUGGGAAGAGAACAGGGCAGCCAAGCCCCUUCCCCAGACAAGGAGUCAGGCACGGGGGCCUCCCUGGAAGGUGGACGCAACUCAAUCCAUGAAGCUCCAAAGACAAACUCCUUGGCACCCCCCCUCCCAGCCCUGUUUCCAGCUCAGGCAUGGCCAGAGCACACCGAGCUCAUCCCAGAGGGGGAUCAGGCCACAGAAACAUCAUCAAAUGGGACAGAAAAUUCCAGUGAAGGAGCUGAUAACAGCAGCCUGGUACUGAGCACUCCUGGCGGCUCUGGGGGAAAAGACCCCGCAGCUGUGACUAUGCAACCAGAACUCCCACCCUUUCCAUCCAGGGGGAUUCUGGAAACAGACUCCCUGUCCAUGGAGAGCGUGAACUGGGAGAUGCUUCGGAGUGGGGCUGCCUGCCUGCCAGGUACCAGAGACAGAUACGGCCGGGCCGUGGUCAUCAUCACAAUGAGAAACACAAUUUGGUUGUGCCCGAACUGCAAUGCCAGUGAAAUAACACGCCUUCUCCUGUAUUUACGCAGCAUUCUCAGGCCGGAGCGCAAAGCCUUGGGCCUGACAAUCCUGGUAGAUGCCCGAGGAUCCUCCCCAGUCCCAGCUGUCUUCACAGCCUUAGGCACUUUGCAGGAGAUCAUCCCCCACUGCAUCCAGAGAGCCCUGCUGUUUGUGGAGAGAGACCACACCUUCCAGACAGAAGGGCCGCCAGCUGCUGCUGUGCAGUGUGAACUGCUCAAUUCCUUGAAGUCCCUCCAUAAACAUAUUGAGAGCCAUCAGCUGCCUCAAGAAUUCAGCGGAUCGCUUCCCUAUUGCCACCAGAAGUGGCUGCACUUCCAAAUGCGUCUGGAGCACUUGCUUUCUGGGUGCCAAGAGGCUCGUCUGUUCCUCAAAGAGACAGUGGAAGCCGUGGAGUCCAGCAGAUGGCCGGAGAAACCCCAGGACGCCGGGGCCCUGCUGAAGAGUUCCAGGCAAAGGAUGACAAUGGUUCUGGACGACCGAAGGCUGGCCAGGCUACGGUUGGAGGGGGGCGCUCUCCUGGCCAGCCUCAAGAAGGAGGAAUCCUGCCUGAUGCUGCCCGAGGACUGCAGAGAUGCCAUGAAAGUGGCUGGCACUCUUUACAACGAAGUGGACGAAGGAAUGCACCAGCUGGUGCUGGUUUCUAACAGGCGCAUCCAAGCCCUGGAAUGGCUGGUGGAAUUUGAAGCUGUGGAGCGAUGCUUUCAAGAGAUCUGUAGCUGGAUCAAGAAUGUUGGCGAAAAGCGCCUCUUGGAGCUGAACACCCUGGACCAUCCUUCUCUGGACGGGCUGCUUCAAGCCAAAAGGCAGUUCCAGGAUUUGGCACUUUUGGCAGAUGGGUAUUGCCAGAGGGGACGGGAAGUGCUGAGGAGGUGGGACGGGGAGGAACAUCCACUGGCCACGGGGCGCCAGGCAGGCUGCAGGGUCCAGCUGCAGGAGUACCAGAACCAGCUGCAGGGAUUCUGCCGAGAGUUGGAGGCCGGCAGGAGCCGGGUGGAGCAGGCGGUUGAGCUCUACGGAUUCUUGGAAGAGGCGUACAAGUGGGCAGAGGAGGGGAUGCAGCUCCUUGCCAGCCUCAGUGGGGACAACUCUUCUGCUGCUGUGGGGUGUCUGCAGAGCUACCGGGAGCAGCACCCAGGCAUGAGUGACAGCCAGUUCCAAAAUAUGAAGAGGCUGGCCUGUCUGCUGCCGAGCGGUGAUCCUCUUGAGAAGUGGCAGCUCGUCUGGUCCAAGUGUCAAAGGACCAAGCAGGGCUUGGAGAUGAGGCUGGAAGCUGCGCGGAGGAUCCAGCCGCCGCCAGGCCCUCCUCUCCCAGCAGAGGAGGGAGAGCCCUGCUUGGCUCCUCUGGCCAAAGUCCCCAGUGUGGUGCCUCUACCUGAGAGGCCAGGUCUGCUUUCCAGGUGGCCCGGGGGCAACACGGGGGAGCCUUGCGAUGGAGCUGGAGAGGGCCUGGUCCAGGCUGCUUGCAGCCACUCUUGCCAGCCGGCUGUUGACACUCCUAAGCCAUCCUGCUGCCUCUCUGAUGGGGGAGCCCCUCCCUCUGCCCAGCUCUUCUCCAGAAGGAAACUGAGGAAGGCCCAGAGUGUUGACCUCUCCAGCUCAGAGGGACCUUGGACUUGGGCUGGCCCCAGCCACUGUGGCAGCACCAGAGUCUGGAUUAAAGGCUUGGAAGUCAGCAGCAUGGAGCCAGUGGGUGGGCCCUGGCAAGGCCAACAGCCCCUCGGCUCCUCACCUGCCUCGCCUGCCUUCCGUCCACAAGAGGAUCCGAGGCUGAGGGGCCUUGUGCCGGAGGCAAGGAGCUGGAGCAGCAAACCGGAGCGUAUCAUGGAGGAGAUGGUGAUGACCGAGCAGGAGUAUGUGCGAUCUUUGCGCUACAUCCUUGGCAACUAUUUCCCUGAAAUGGAGCGGGCGGACCUGCCACAAGAUCUGAGGGGAAAGCGAAGCGUCAUUUUUGGGAAUCUGGAGAAGAUGUACAACUUCCACAGCCAGUAUUUCCUGAGAGAACUGGAGCACUGCUGCAGCCAUCCUCUGCGCGUCAGCCAUUGCUUCCUGAGACAUAAGGACCAGUUUGGGAUGUAUGCCUUGUACAGCAAAAACAAGCCCAAGUCCGACUCCUUGCUGGCCAGUCAGGGGAACGCUUUCUUCCGGUUCAAGCAGAUGCAGCUGGGAGAUAAGAUGGACCUGGCCUCCUACCUCCUGAAGCCCAUCCAGCGCAUGAGCAAGUAUGCCCUGCUCCUCAAAGACCUCGUCAGGACGGGCGGGGAGGCCCAAGAGCAGGAGUUGGCGUACCUGCGGGCGGCGGAGCAGAUGGUGCGCUUCCAGCUGCAGCAUGGCAAUGACCUCCUGGCCAUGGAUGCGAUCCGCAACUGUGACGUGAACCUCAAAGAGCAGGGACAGCUGGUGCGCCAGGACGGGUUUAGCAUUUCCCUGGGCCGAAGGAAGUACCAGCGCCACGUCUUCCUCUUUGAGGACCUGAUCCUCUUCAGCAAGCCCAAGCGAGUUGAGGGCGCCCUGGAUGUCUACCUCUACAAGCGUUCCUUUAAGAUGGCAGAAAUUGGCCUAACGGAGAACUCGGGGGAGAGCGGCCUGUGCUUUGAGAUCUGGUUCAGAAGGUGGAAAUCCAGGGACACCUACGUCCUGCAAGCCAGCAGCCCAGAGGCCAAGCAGGCCUGGACAAGCGACAUCACCAGGAUCCUCUGGGAACAAGCUGCCCGCAACAAAGAAGUGCGCAUGCAGGAGAUGUUGUCCAUGGGGAUUGGGAACAAGCCUUUCCUGGACAUCAAGCCUAGCGAGGCUGCCAUCCAUGACCGAGCCAUCAAUUACAUUAUGAAAGGCAGAGGCGCCAGGACCCGGGCUUCCAUCGCGGUGUCUCUCUUCGACCAUGCCAACCCUUUCAAGAGAUCUCCGACCACUCUGUCCGCCGGCAGCCGAUCCUCCUGCUCGGGGAUUGCGCCUCUCAACCUGCACAUGUACCUGGAUCAGACCUUGCUGCCUACAGUGCUGCCCACCAACCUUCCUUUACGGGCUGGGGAAGAGGAGAUGGAGAACGAGACAAGCAGUCAGCCCUCUAUGACCACCGAGAGCUCUGAGUCUUCCCAGGGCCUGCCUGGAAGCGGCUCCAGCAGUUCUGACAGCUGCCUUCACAACUUGGGUGAGGACUGGAGAUCCCCUCUCCCUCCGGCAGCAGCAGACGAAUUCUCCUUCACCUGCACAGAGAGGGAGGAAGGCUGUUUCCCCAGCAACCAGUAUGUUUCAGCGGUUUGAACGCAGUCAGAAGACCCCAGGACACAGAUGGGCCCUUAUCCUCCUGACAAGCUCUGCAGGAGGGAAGCAGGGCCAGGCCGCCUCUUCCGGCAGUCUGAGAGCUGAGGGCCCAGGGAAGCGGCAGUGGCUGAGAAAGGCCGGUUGGUGGC